AUGCCGAAAAACACGCGAGUGAUACUGUGCCACGGACCUUAUGAAUCCAAUGGAGUGGUUGCGCACAGGAACUUCCGCCUGCAGGGUCUCCUGGCCGCUCUGACAGCGCACGAGCACCAGUGCGUCUUGGAAGAAACGUGGGAGUGGAACAUGGUGAAGCUCGUGGUCAACGGGCAGGUAGUCUUCAGCUGUAAUACAAAGCAGCUCGAGUUUGGUGGAGAUGGACAACUGGACCCUGUUUGUCGAAAAGCUGUUGCUGCGGUGGAGAACGCUUACUGA